UGGGACAACCUAAUGCGUACAAGUACCUUUUCACAGCCACUGUAUAACAUUCUAAAAGAUACUGAUGAUAUAUCGGAUAUUGUUAGCUGUAGCUGCACAGCCACCACGCACCGAGCAUCGCAAAUAUCGAAAGGCCUGAAGAAAAUUCGAAGAAUAAAUCGACGCGAGAAAGCUGUAAUUUUAUAAAACCGAAUUAUAAUCGACGAGACGAGUAAACGCGUAACAGGUGUCAUAGAAUAGAAAAAGGUUUGUGUAAUAGGCAAAAGAACGUUUAAUGUAAAUUUUACUUAGAAUUCAUAUACGUAAGUAGAUAUGACCUUUCUGCCAGUCACUGUGCAUUAUCUGACAUAAUUUAUCUCUCGUACUUAUUCUUUCAUCCAGGCAAAGGAAGCUGUCGGAACAGAUUUAAUUCCCGUUCAUUAGAUUCAUCGCCUUACCGAAUACGAUAUUCUCGAGUUCGCGGUUCAAGGGAAAGCGAAGAAUUCUGGUGGGGGCGAGUGCAACGUUCAAGAUGAAAUCCUCGGCCCUUGUUAAAUCGUCUCGGUCGGGGUCGAACAAUGCGUUCGCCGGCAUCCUCGUUUCUCGGUGAUUGCACAUAAAGCUGCCAUUAUUAGAACUUCAGUGGGCGGUAAGCGCUGGUGCUUUUUCCAGUCUCGCGUUCGCGCUUACUCUUACGCACAAUUCGCCGCUGCACUCGCGUGCGUUUCCAGCCGCGUUCUUCCGUCCAUGUGGCUGCCAGUCGUAGCACGAAGCUCGUUCGUCGCGUUUACUCCACUUUUUCCAUCGAAACAUUUCAUCCGGAAUAUCGCGUUCGACUGCACGUCCAAUUAAUUAUCGUAUUUUACUUUCGCCGAUGGUGCAUCGUUUUCAUGGGGAACGUUUAAAUUUCCACGUGGUGCCACGUGGUGGAAAAAUUGGCCGCCGGUUGCUGCACGACGCUCCUUCGUCGCGUUUACUCCACCUCUUCGGCGAAACGUUCCAUCCGGAACGUCGCGAUCGACACGAGAUCGAAAUUAAUUAUAUUCUACUUUCUGCGAUGGUGGAUCGUUCCUGCGCGAAAGAAAAUUAAAUUCCUACGGCACGUGGUGAAUAAAUUGGCCGCCAGUCGCUGCACGACGCCCCUUCGUCGCGUCUACUCCGCUUUUUCGUCGAAACGUUCUGUCCGGGAUAUCGCGAUCGACCCAAGAUUCGAUCGAUCGUCUCAUCCUUCCGUCCUUUUCGCGAAAGUCCUUCGAAUUUCUGUAACGCGCGCGUGGAAAAUAUUGGCGCGAAUCUUCGAGUUAGUGAGAGAAUCUUUGGCUCGAAUUUGAUGAUUCGUUCGCGUGGGAAUCGCACGGCGAGGCGUGCGAUUGUCGCGAUCGCUCUUAUCGCUCGCUCCACUUACGUUCCGCUUCGUUCUACCGACUACUAGUUUGCUGCAUUCCCGGUUACUUUACUGCUGGUGAAUCGUUAAUCGACGCGAGUUACCGCGUCGACGAGUUUGUUACGAUACGCAAGUACAGUGGAAAAAGGAGUUUAGCGAAACAGUUUCGCGAAGCUUAACGGUUGGACGAAUCGAAAGGGAUCGAAAGGAAUUGGAAGUCGUUCUAAGAAUUCUGUCCGAAGACAGCUUUGAGAACGCGAACGACGAUUGAAAAAAGAAGAAAUUGAAAGACGUCGAAGGAAAUCGAGAAACGUUCGAAUUCAACGAGGCAGUUUCGUACGCCUAGAGACGACGAUCGAAGGAAAUUGAAAAAGAUUCUGAUAUAAAUACGUGGAGCAAGUAUUCACGGUUAAUCUUCGCGAUAAAGCACUACCUACCAAACCAUCGUAUUCUAUGAUUUCAUUUUAUCUCUGGCAUACCGCAGAAUCGUUCCCUUCUCCAUUAUACGAUCGAUUAAACAGCACCCUGUGUAUUAAAAGCAACGAUUCACCUUCGCGUUACUUGCACGCGAGCUACGUGAUAAAGCGCGAGACAUUGAAAAUGUUAGAUCGCGAGAGUAUCGUCACAUCCGCGUCUAUAUGACACGGUGUUUCGAGCGCGUUACGAACCGGCGAAUUCGAAACGGCGAAACGAAAUGAGAAUAUCGGGUCUGCGAACUAGCUCCUUUCGUCGCGAUAACUACGUCUGCGAGUGAACGAGCAUGCCUGGCGAGUUUCGGGCAGCCAGAAAAUCCUAUUGAAAUUUCGAUCAAAGCGCGCGAGACAUGACGCAAUCGAAACUUCCCAGUUUUCUGCUCGCCACGUGGCUGCUCGGCACGAUCGCUACUAAGUCGCGAAUGAGCGACUUUCUGCAAAGUUUGCAGGAGUACGAGAUCGUUUACCCUCGAGUGAUCCCGAAUGCGAGCGCGCGGAACAGAAGAUCGACCCAAGAAGACCGAGAAACUUGGCGCGAGUAUCUCCACCAAGAGCCGGUGUUCCUCGAGAUCAGCAACUGGACCUUAAGGACCGUGGCCAACGAUCGAUUGAUACUGUCGUCGAAUUUCAGCGUGAAUUGGGUGCGCCAGGGUAAAACCAAGUCCGAGCGACGUAACGCCAAAGCGAACUGCGAUCUUCGACAAGGCAGCUUGGAAGGAGACGCGAGUUCCUUCGUCGUCGUGACGAUAUGCGAAGAGGAAGUGUACGCUUUGAUGUCGAUCGGUCAGAGAUCGUUCUUCGUUCAGCCACUGACGAAUGGCCAGCAUGUGAUGUUCCAGCCGAAAAACGAAAGGUGGCGGUCGAUCAGGGAUGAUUCGAGCUUCGUGUCUGUGAAUCCGGAAAAUCCUGCAGGGAAAUCGAAUAAAUUUGGAGUUAGAGAAAGUAAGAGAAAGUCGAAACGAAGGAAACGCGAUUCCUUAAGCCACGAUGUUCAGGGAUUUUAUAAUCUUUCCGGUGACGUCUUCGACGUGGAAUACCCAGAAGCUGAGAAAUUGAUUCUGUACGAUGAAAAAGACGAUGUCCCCACAGAAUACAACGAUACGAUAGUGGAAGAAUUAUCGAUCGACGUAAAUCCCGAGGAAAUUGGAUACUUUUCUGGUCCUAAAUGGCAAAGGAACAGAUUAUCAAAGAAAAGACCAGCAGCUAGGGAUUCGCCGCCACGAUGGCUAGAGCUUGGAAUAGCUGCUGAUUAUUCCGUGGUAGAUUUUCAUGGAAUUCGAGUACAGCAAUAUAUCUUGGCUCUUUUAAACAUCGUGAGUGCAAUUUACAUGGACCCAUCGCUCGAGUCCAACAUGAUUCUAGUGAUCGUACGAAUGAUUUUAUACGCGGAAAAACGAGACGGUAUGGUCCGCCGUGGCGAUGCCAGACGAUCUCUCGAGAACGUGAACAAAUGGAACAGAAAGAUGCUGUCUUCGAAGGACGUAAAUCACGAUGUUGCGGUAUGGUUGACGCGGUUAGAUAUAGGAGGUCCUUCCGGUUACGCACCUGUGUCAGGAGUAUGCGAUCCCGCGAGAUCGUGCGCGUUAAAUCGAGACGAAGGCUUAACCAGCGCCUUUAUCAUCGCUCACGAAGUAGCACACAUUCUAGGUUUGACUCACGACGGAGACGAAACGACCGGAAACGCGUGCAAGGAAGAGGGAUCUCGAGGAAGCGUAAUGGCACCGAUGGUCGCUGCCACGUUCCAUCAUUUUUAUUGGUCCGCGUGCUCAAAAAAGGAGUUCCAUCGUAGAGUGAGACGGUGGUCCUGUUUGUCGAAUAAGCCGAAGCACGAUGGCCUCUCCCAACUGAGAGACACCAUUCGCGAGACGUUCACGAUGGACGAGCAAUGUCGCAUGGAAUUCGGCGAAGGCUACGAGCACUGCAAGACCUUCGACGUGGCAGAACCGUGUUCUCGUCUGUGGUGCGGUAACAGUAACGUGUCCGAAAGUUGCAAGACUAAGAAGGGACCGCCUCUGGAGGGCACAUUAUGCGGUGACUCGAAGUGGUGUAUAAACGGUCGAUGUCAGUCGACGAAUAGAAAGAGCUUCGAUUUUGGUAUAAUACUAAAUAAACCGAGAGACGGAGGUUGGAGCGCUUGGAGCGGCUGGGAGAAAUGUUCGAGGACUUGCGGAGUAGGAGUGCAGUGUCGAACGCGAAAAUGCAAUAAACCUUUGCCUGCUUACGGCGGGAAAUAUUGUUCAGGUCCCAGCGAUGAUUGCAGACUUUGCGACCUACCGAAGUGUUUAACUCCCGUCGACCUCAGAGCUCAACAGUGCACCAAACUCGGUAAUAUUUUAUAUCUGGAAAGAGUUCGAUCCAACAACGACGUGACCUGGCUGCCGUACGUGUCCGAUCAGGAGAAUUUGAGAUGUCGAUUGAUCUGCAAAAGCAAAGAGACAGGCGAGAUAUUUCACACCAGGAAGCAUUUGAUCGAUGGCACGCCAUGCUCCUACGGAUCCACGAAUAUAUGUAUACAGGGUGAGUGCCAUCGGAUGGGAUGCGACCGUGUGUUAGGGUCGAAGAAAGCGUUGGACACGUGUGGAGUGUGCGAUGGUGACAAUUCGAGCUGCGAGAAUAUCGUCAACAAGUUUCAGCGGAAGCUUCGACGAGAGGUGACACGCGUCGCUGUGAUACCACGCGACGCUCACAAUUUGAACAUGAACAUCUCGAUGGCUGGCUCUCGACUUUUCCAAUCGGAUGAUUUAACGAUCGUGAUAGGAGACGGUAGGAGAAGACGCAACGUACAGGAGAAUCUAGCUUCUCGUAAACGAGAUUUAACGAUCGUACAAGGUGCUGCUUUUCGCGUUCACAGACGCGGUAAUAACACGUAUUUUAUACAGGCGGAUGGUACCGCGUUCGAAGAUGUCGUGGUUUUGGUGGUGGUGCCGAGAAACGUACUACAACGAGGAAUCUCGACCUCAGUUUCGUUGGAAUAUUCGCUAAAUCGCGAUGAGAGGAAUGCAAAGGAUAGAUACGUAUGGCUGUUCGGAGGUUGGAGCUUCUGCUCGGUCAGCUGUGGCGGUGGUACGCGUCAGAAGAUGAUAGUCUGCAAAGACGAGGAAACCGGAAGAAUAGUGUCGCGAAGAAAAUGUCCACUGACAACCAAACCGAUUCAAGAGAUAGAGAAAUGCAACGUUUUUAGUUGUACUUUCAAAUGGCUACCAGGUCCGUGGGAAGCGUGUUCAACUACGUGUGGAAGGUUUGGUACGCAAUUACGACAACUUUACUGCGUUCGUUCGGGGUUUAAUGGUACAGAGGUAAAUAGAAACAACGAAUUGGAAGUGUAUCGAACGAUGGUACAGCCAUCGAUAUGCGAAACCAGCCCUAUGCCUAUGAGCAGCAGAGAAUGCAAUAGGAUACCGUGUCCUGGACAUUGGAUAUUUACGAAUUGGUCCUCGGUGAGAAAUUACAGUCUGAUAUCUACUUUCAAGUGCUCGAAGAACAACGGAAAGGAUAUACAAUCGCGAAUAGGCCGUUGCAUUCCUCCGGAAAACGAGUCGUUUUACAGGUGCGACGGGCCAACCGUAAAGACGGAAAUACGUUCUUGUACGGAGCACGUGACCAGGGCCAUCGAAUUUCCAUCCCGUUGCUGGAGAGACAAGAAUCGAUUUUGCUCUAUACCAAGUUUGAAACGUUACUGCGACGUGCCGGCAUUUAAACGAAAAUGCUGCCGCUCUUGUGAAAGGAACGAAACCUUGGAUCUGUCCAACUCUUUCGAUCGGAAGCACCGUAUACUGCAAACUUAAAUUGCAUUUAAAAAGUUCGAAAUGAAACGUUUGACACGUUUAUUGCUAUUUGUGAUAAAUUGAAUUCGUAGAAAGUCGUAAUAAACGAAGCAACGAAAAUUGGCAUUGAAAGCUAUUAAAAACAUAGAACAAAUUGUAUUUAUACCGUGUAAAAUUUCUAACAAGUUUCUAAGAAACUUUAUAUUUGUGUUGUGUUACAUCCGUUAGUGUAUCAUAAGAAUCGUAAAUAUGAAACCAUCUUUUCUUUAA